AUGGGUCUCAUCGGCAACGUCAUUGCCAUAGCUUUCGCCGGCAACCCCGCCUUGAUCAAUUACGAUAUGUUUGUAGCGGCUUUCGCCAUGCUCUCGCUAUUUUACCUUAUACUGGUCGCUUUCAACGACUCUUUUAUGGGCCAUCCCAUUUUCCCGGUUAUUGUCGAUCUGCUGAACUGCAUUUUCCUCUUCUGCGCCGCCGUGGCUAUGGCUGCCGAACUCGGGGUGCAUUCAUGUAGUAACAAUACCUAUACCCUCCACAACCACCUCACGAACGGCGCCCACGACAGAGAGGGGCGAUGCCGGGAGGAGCAGGCAGCCACGGCCUUCCUAUGGUUCGCAUGGGCAACCUGGAUGGUUAGCUUGUUCUUCUCCAUCCUUGAUGCUCGAAGCGGCGGUGUCAACCUGAGGGGACCUGUUCGCUCUAGAGGUGCGCGCCCAGCCAUGUCUCAGGUGUAA